AUGGCCACUGACUUCAUCAACGCAUUUCGACGCCUUCAGACACACGAGAGAGGCCGGGCGCUCCAGGACCUAACAGCAGAACUAUCAACCUAUGAGUGGAGAGCACUCCAUGCCGCAACCAGCAGCCGCACCUUUCAAUUCGACGUCAUCGGCAGUCUGCCAGUUGAGCUAGUGGCUCAGAUAUUUUGCCUCUUGGAUCCUGCUACUCCAUAUCGCCUCCAAAGUGUCUCCAAACGAUGGCGCGAUACCCUCCGGAGUCUACAUGUCCUCAAAGCAAGCCUCAACCAGUGGUAUCAAGGUACUGUCAAUCUUCAAGAUGCUGAAUACGCCCUGUGUAAAAAGAAAGCUCGCGAUAUACAUGCUUUUCGCACUGGCAAGCCGAGUUGUAUCUACAAAAUCAUUCCCAAAUACGAUUCCGACGAGUCACUCCUUCCUAGCAACCCGAUCUACGAUUUCAAGCUGGUAGGCAGUAGUCUCAUCUGGCAUCACGUAUUCCACCGCGAUGUGACCCCAUCACGCUCCGCUUGCGUGCUGGACCUUGAUACAUGGCAUCUCCGCAUGUUGGGCGGAGAAGCACGUGAGCAAAUCAUGAAUGUCUUCGCAUCUAGUGAAAUCGUGGUACUGACCACAUAUGCAAACGUUUGUUACGUGCAUGAAUUGCGAGGCAAACAAAGCUGCAAGAAGUUCAGAGUACCAAACAGGAACUACCUCAAGAACGUUAGCUGUCGUGGACGCACUGUCGCAUGUGUUGCCUAUGUCGACCACCACACAUCGGUGUAUAUCUGGGAGUACGAUUCGCAGCGUGGCAGGACGUUUGAGAUCAGGCACGAGUCGGGGAACAUAUUCCUCAACCCGCGGAGACACGAUUCAUACAUUCUAGCUCCUCUUGUUCAGCCCAAAACCCAGACGAUCGUCAUAUUUACCGGAGCUUCACGUAGUCCUACACCUUGUCAGGGCCCACGAGAUUUCGAAUUUCGUCGCUACACGUACCGCGGAGAGUGUAUUAGCACCCAUCGUGCACGCCUACCUGAUUUUGAUGGCGCCCUAGGAUUUGAACGUCCAGCCAUAAACGGCUUUGUUCCAGUAGACUACAAAGAGUCUAUCUUCGCGAUAUACAUGCACCAUUAUGACAUUGCUCAGGGGGAGAUGUCGCUCUUGCUACGGUUCAAUGAGGAGGAAAAUGACCUAAGUGUUUGGCAAGGUCCAAAAUACCAGGGUAAGCAAGGCUCAUGGUGGGAUUCACUGGCAUGGUGGAGAGACACCUGCUAUGGUGAUCUUUGGGAUCAUGAGGCCGAGCAGCGAGACAUGGUUGCUCAAAUGGGUACUAGUGAUGCCAAACGCUACGUGCCCGUCGUCUGGGACACGAAGGACUUCAGGAGGACCCUCGUUUGGGAGAAGUUAAAUUCGCCUAUCGUGAUGAACGAAAAGUACAUUGUCAGGAAUACGGUGUUACAUUUCUAUAUACUCUGUUUCGGCGAUGAUGACGAAGGCCAAUGGCCGAAGAAGAGCGGAACACUCUUUGAUAUGUGGGAACUUGAGGUGUUAGAUAUAAAUGUAUAUUGA